AGUUACCACGUCACCACAGCCGCAUCUCUCGCUCUUCUUUCUUGUCCCGGGCUCCCGGCUCCAUAGUCGCCGUUACAUCGGACAAGGGCAUCUUGCGGUGAAGCAUCUAAUCUGAGCAGUCAGUCGUCCCCCCGCUCGCGGCCGGGCUACUGCUGGUCGUCAAGUACUCAAGUUGUAGGCGUGCAGCCGGGGCGCCGGCCGCUAGCUGCUGUCAGCACGCGCACACAGCAGCAGGGUGGUCGCCCGCGGCCGGUAGCCGGCACGCGGUCGCGACAAGCCGAUAGCAACAGCAAGCCAGGCCCAAGUUCAGUCCCCAGAGAGCGGCAAGCUAGGUCUGUCAUCUUCUCUGGAGGGUUCAGAACCACCGAGAAUUAGCUGUCUUUGAGGAGUACAAUAGGAAUGGAUGAUGCUCAAGGGUAUCAAGAAGGAGAUGAUCAUGAGUUAGUGCUGAAGAAACAAGAAUGGAUCAAGUAUGCCUUGGUCCCCUUCCACACCACCUGUUUGUAGUCAUCUCUUCAGUCUGCCAAGGAGGAGUUGACUCAUAUCUCUUGCUGGUGUUUGGCCAUACAGAACACAAGACAUGCUCAAGAGUAAACUUAUUCUUGAAGAUGAAUUUGCCUGGAGUUUACCUUCGGUGGGCUCAGGUUUAGAUGAACCUGAGUGGUGCAAACUGAAGUAUAUUGGUGGGACUGACAUCAGCUUCUUGAAGGAAGACCCAUCCACAGCAUGUGCCGCGGUGGUAGUCCUCAAUGCCGAUACUUUAGAAGUUGUCCAUGAAGAGUUCAAUGUUGUUCGACUGCAAGUGCCAUAUAUUCCUGGUUUUCUUGCAUUCAGAGAGUGUGACAUGGCCUGUUGCUAACUGUUCGUUCUUACUGCCUCUAAAGUCUAGAGCCAAGGGAUUCUAGUAUGAUCAAUCCAAAAUCAUAGAUCUUGAGAAAGGCUCCAGUUCUUCUUGGACUCUUGGAAAAGCUGAAGAUCAAUGCACCUCAUUUCUGCCCACAGUUGCUCAUGGUUGAUGGAAAUGGAUUGCUCCAUCCGCGAGGUUUUGGUUUAGCUUGUCAUCUCGGCGUUCUUGCAGACAUUCCUACUAUUGGAGUUGGAAAAAAUGUAGGUUACUUCAGUGCAGUAGCGCAGUUUCAACUCACAAGUAGAUCUAUAAAUAUCCAGCUGUUGAGAAUAUUGUCACCGAAUUCAAUUUCUCAGUGUUCCCCUUCUUUCAGAGAACACUAAUCUCAAUGUUUCAACUGCAUAGCUACAUCAGGUAGAUGGCCUUAACCAAUCAGAAGUUAGAAGACUGCUCGGAUCAAAAGAGAACUGCAACAGGGAACUGGUUUUGUUGACGGGACAGUCUGGGACAAAAUGGGGCAUGGUAAUAUUGUCGUAGUCGAGUUUUCAGAAUCAGAAACAAAUAUGUAACAUGAUAGAAUUGUCACUUGCGAGGUUGCCGCACCGUAGUUUGUAAAACAGACCGAUGAUUUCUCUGAAUUUGUAAAACAUCACCAGGCAAAUAACCGACAGCAGUUAAUGGCGGCGUCGGCCCAACUGAGCCCGCAUCAGAGGACGCGCAGAAAUCGCCUCCUGAUUUUGUGCGUGGUUGUUUGGGCGGGGAGUGCAAUUCCCCGAUUCGAGCGGAACUCCUCCCAUCCGAUCCGGCGGCGGAUGACUAUAUAAAGCGAGCCAAUCUGCAUCUAGCUGUAGCACCUCUGCGUCUCAAGAUUUGGAGAUCCAUUAGCUGUAGCACCUCUGCCUCCCACGAAUCGAUUCGACGACAUCUUGCUGGUACAACCUACCAUCAUGGUGGGCAUGCUAUUGAACGCCGGCCGCAGCAAUGGCCGCGGCGGCAGGAGGACUAGCAUCCAGUCACCGCCGCAGGUCCUCUCCUCUGUUCCCUUACUCGUCUACGAGUACGAGGAUCCCGCCGGCUCUACUCCUACCGCUGCCGCAAAGAUGCUCAUGUACAGCCUGCCUGAGCGGAGCAUCGUCUACACGCACGACAGCAGGCCUCAGGCCAUGGAGGGCAACUUCUUCAGCACGCCUCAAGGCUGGCUGGUCAUCCUUGGGCAUGGAGAAGUGACGUCGGAGGCCUCCAUGUGGCAUCCGCUCACCGGGGAGACCAUCACCCUCCCACCCAUACAUGACGACCACCACAUCCCCACCAACUGCAAGUGCCUGCUCACCCACAACUCCGCCGCCCACCCGGACUGCGCCGUCGUGCUUCUCGACGUCGCCGAUCCUCUCAUGUGGUUCUGCCGUGUCAAUGGCGGGGCUGACCGGAGGUGGGGACAGCACACCUACGACAUUGGCGACUACGAGUUCCCCGAUGAGUUCCGCACCCCCUCUACGCCCACCAAGAACGUCAUCAGAAGCGUCGCCGCGCUUAAAGGGAAGCUGCAUUUUUGCUUCAUGGAAUCGCACCAAAACAAGAUGUGCGUCGUUGACUUAGAUUUCCCGUCCGAUCAUGGCCACCCUCCCACCGCAGAGUUCCACGAGUUUGAUGUCUCCCCAGAGUUCGGCAUCAAGUUUCCUGACGGCGUCUGCUCUGCCAGCAUCCACUUGGUAGAGUCCAUGGACGAGCUUUUUGCCGUCUGCGUCUUCUAUGUCGGUUUUGAUCCCACCAACGUUAGUGCCGCUGGAAUCUUCAAGAUGGAGGACUCCUGCGGCGAGGAAACCGUGGCCUGGCACCGGGUGGAUGAUAUCGGUGACAGGGCUUUUCUCUUGAUGGGCACCAACAUGGCAACUUGGUGCUCUGCAAGCACCAAUAACCUGAAAGGCAGCACCCUCUACUUCUUCCUCCACUUCUUACUUGGCGACAGGGACCUAUACAUCUAUGAUGUACAGGAGCAGUCCCUGGAGACUGUCCAGGUUCACGACCAGCUAGAUUUGAAGGUCGUGCACACAGAACCAUACUGGAUUAAUGUACCUCCGUUUUAGUAUUAGCCCAUUACAUUAUAUUCUACUCUUUUAGUUAAUAUAGCUUCCUGCUACUCUUUUAGUUAAUAUUGAUUCAGUAAAAUAAAUAAAUAAUUUGCUCCCGUUUUGGCACUA